CACACUACUGUAUAAAAUAGGUGAUUAAUGGGAACUUACUUUAUAGCACAGGAAAAUUUACUCAUUAGUUUGUAAUAACCUAUAUGGGAAAAAAAGAAUGGAUAUAUUUGUAUGUAUGACUAUACAUCUGAAAUGUAUUACAUUGUAAAUUAGAUUAGAUUGUAAAUCAACUCUUCUCCAAUAAAAUAAAAUUAAAAAAAGAAUGGCAUCAAAUUAGCUAUACUGUAACUCAAUCUUGGUUUAAAAAACUAAUGAAAAAGAAUUAAGAUAUCUUUAUAACAAAGAAUCCCAUAAAAUUAUAUAUGGUAAAUGAAAAUUGUUAAAAGACUAUGUAGGUGGAUAGAUAGAUAGAUCAGACUUAUAGUAUAAGGAGAUAAGGAGAUUUUACUCUAAGGAGAAAAAAUAUAUAAACCUAUACAGAAAUAAGCAAAGAUUAUGAAGAUGUACCUUAUUAGGAAAAUUUGAAAUGUCUCCCUAUGGAGAUUUAAAAAUAUAUAUAUAAUUAUAAAAAUUACUUUUAUAUAUAAUUAUAUAUAAUUGUGUCUAUAUAUACAAAUAUACAUAUAUAUACAUACAUACACACAUGAAAUGAAAGUUUACCUUCUCUAGUAAUGAAUAUUAUAAGAUACCACUGUACACAUUUUUUAAAUUGCUAAAAAUUGUAGGUAGAUUACUAUAUUUAAUACUGCUGAGAGUUGAGAAAAGAAUUUUCUCGCACGCUGGCAGGAGGAAUGUGAAUAUGCCUGAUCUUUAACACUGUGAUCAAAAAGCCUUUGACUCAGUCAUUUCCCUUAUAGAAAAGCAUUCUCAAGGAAAACCUGGAGACUGAGGCCAUGGCAAGUGGCCAGGCUCAGUGGACGACUGGACGCAGGGGGCGUGGCCACAGGAAAGGAGGGGCUAGGGAAGACAAUGAAGAAUGCGGGGCCUCUUCUGUGACGUUUGAGACUGUGCUAAAGGGUCCUAGUGAGGCUAAGGCCUAGGAGGAGGUGGCUAGCCACAGCAAUGCCAAGGCAGAGAAGUCUCUGCAACAGUCUCUUUAGGAGCUCUGAGAGACCUCAUCUAUGGGGCUCUUGAACAGUCGAAUCCUGCGAUGCAGGGAGUCAGACACAGCUGAACCACAGCAGCUAGAAGCCCAGGCAGGCCCCAGUUAUGUGUUUGGCAGCCGCAAGCGCAAAGAGAAGAGCGGGCCUUGCUUGGGUCCUGAAUCUGAAAACAACUACGGGUUUCUAGACCAGGAGGAUGAUCUACAGAAAGUUGUCAGUACAAGCCAGGGUAAAAAAGUUAAGAUCGCAUCCGAGUAUGCUUACCAAACUUUAUUUUUGAAUGGGGAAAAUAGUGACAUUAAAAUCCGUGCUCUUGGGAAAGUAUGGUGUUUACACAAAAUGUUUUUAUGUCAGUUGGACUAUUUUGAUACUAUAUUUAGAGGUUCUUGGAAAGAAUCUCCCAAAGAUAUUAUUGAUCUGGAGAUUAAUGACCAGUAUAUAAAUGUAGAAUCCCUGCACUUUGUACUAGGCUCAUUGUACAAGGAUGAAUGCGUCUCAAUGGAGCCCCUUCAAGUUCCAGGAGUUUUGGCAACUGCAUGCCUGCUUCAAGUAGAAGACUUAAUUCAGCAAUGUAAUGAGACUAUGAAGGAAACAAUUAAUGUGAAAACUGUAUGUGGCUAUUAUGCAGCAGCAGAGACCUAUGGGUUAGAUUCUGUAAAGACAGGGUGCUUUGAAUGGCUUCUCCACAAUUUGAUGACUCACCCAAGUGUUGAACUUUACAAAGACCUCAGUACAGAUCUUAUGAAUUUGCUCAUUUCUUCUUCUAAUUUAUUAGUAAUGCAAAAAGAAAUGGAUGUAUACACCACACUUAAAGAGUGGAUGUUCCUCCGCCUUAACCCUGCUUGGAACGGCUCAAUGAAACAGCUUUUAGUUAAUGCAAACAACUGGUUUUCCAGGCACAGGGAAGGUGUUGGUAACACUGCCUUUCUUGAAACCAAUCAAGGCAUAGUAUUUCAACCAGUAUUUAAAAAUUUGAGGUUUCAACAUAUAAUCUGCGACCUGGCCUCCGCAAGAGUUAUUGAACAAGAUGCGCUAAUACCUUCAAAAUGGCUAUCAUCUGUUUAUAAACAGCAGUGGUUUACCUUGCUUAGAGCACAACAAUUCAGUGAAAUUGGGCCUAGAGACAUUAAUGAAACAGAACUUGAAGAAUAUAGCAUGAGAUGUGGCAAAAGGAUUGUCAAGGAUGGAAAGUAUUCUUGGAAGUGGUCAGGUUAUAACUUUGGCUUUCCUUUACAUGUCAUCUUCACCAGCCAUUAUAUAAUUUUCAAACAGAAUACUUUCAGUCAGCCAUAUGAUGGUUCCACCUGUUUACAGAAUCUAAGAAAUAUUGCAUUCAGAUUAACUUUGGUAUAUUUCGAUUCUAGUGGAAAAUUGAGUUUCAGAAAAACAACUGGUUAUAAAAUUCUUACCUUUGAAAGGGAUGAGGAACAAGUGGUAAUGAAGUUGGAUAGCAUAGCUCUCAGCUUCCCUUUAUAUAUAUUCUGUAACUUCCUGUUUAUAUCAUUAGAAAAUCCAGGAAAUCGGUAAUAUUGUCAAUUAGGCUAUUAUAGCAUUUUGAAAACUUCUGAUGUCUCAUUUCGUUUAAACGUAAUAAAGAUGAUCAAUAUCAGAAAUGAAAAUGACUCUUCUGAAUGUGGUAACAAUUACAAAUCACUACUCUUUAUCUUCAUUUUAUUUCUAUGUAUCUCUGAAGAAAAAGUUCAAUUCCAAGCAAAUAUCUGUGAAACCAAAUAGUCAAUGAUGCAAAUAGUCAAAGAAUAGUCUUCUUUUGCUGUACAUUUACCAUCAGCAAGCAAGCUCAAAAUGCAAAUACUAGACUGUAGUUCCAAGGAACCUAAAAUAAAUUAACUUAUUAGAUAAAUUUUACCCUUGCUAAUAUUGAGACAAAUAAAGAAUUCUCUUCCUUGAUGAAAUUGUUGUACAAGUGUGGCUUUAUUUGAAGCACUAUUACAGGAGAGAAUAAAUAAUCAGGUAAAACCUGAGAUUAGGGACUCUCUUUUGGUCUCUAUAAUGUGCAAUUUUAAAUAGCCAGAC